AUGGCGCUCUCGCGAGCAUACGUUCCUUCGAGAGCGCUUAUAAGAGCUCUCUCACGACCGCAGUCUAUAAGAUGUCCACUCGCCCGCCCCCUUCCAACCCAGUUUCUACGCGGCAAGCGAUCCAAAGCCAAAACUGAAAAGACAAAUGCCAAUGCUGCGGGUGAACCAGACCCCUCGCUCCUGGAGCGCAUCAAGGGCUCCCGGACCAUUUUUGACGAUGAAAAACGGAUGGACAAGGCUAUGCGCCCGCUAUCCGAUGCCGAACUUGAACGCGACGAUCUUCCUGUCAUUAAUUGGUACGAACAAGAUCUGGACAAGGGCACGCCUCAGCGCCUGGUUGAGCGCAUAGCAACCGUCGAGGAUCGUAAGAGGGACAAGGAGAUGUAUACCAUGAUAGACGAAUCGCAAAAGAAUCCCGACUACGACGAUGCCAAACUGAACCGGCGCCUGAUUGACAGCCUUCUCACGAACCCAAAUUUUGCCCAGUUGACGGAAGAGCUCAAGGACAUCAAGGAGAGCAUCAAAUCAAAGGAGGAACUCGAAGCGCUCGAGGAAGAAGAGGCAAUGGAGGUUGAGGCCAGCAGCAGGGAGUUCAACGCGAGUUUACGAAUGGCCACGCACGAGGCCCUCCAAGAGCUCGUUGACGACCCAGAUAUUGGCGACGCCAAAGCAGACUUGCAGGAAGUCAUUGAAAAAAUGCCCGAAAUGGAAGACCUCGACAGCCCGGAAUUCCAAGUUGUACUACAAAAAGCCAUGGCCAAGCUGGAGGGCAAUGAGGCCAUGCAGAAAAAGCUUGCUGCAAUGCAACAGAAUAUGAACGAUGCAGAACUGGAGGCGGAAUGGGAAGAGUACGAGAAAAACACCAAAGACGCUAUUGCGGAAGCCGAGGCCCCAGACGACGAUCUAGCCAUGCCGACACCAGAGGAUAUGCACGACGUAGACAAGCUCCUGUACCAGAUGCGCGACGUGAUGAAAUCACUAGGCAGCGACACCGACCUCGAAGCCGAACUCGACGCCGCACUCCGCGAAGAUCCAGCCGGCAUGCAAGACGACGAAGGCGUCUUCGAGCGCGAAAUGGACCCAGAGGAGCUCGCCGAAGAACUGAAGAAGCUCGCUCUAUCCAAAGCUUCACAACCCCAUGAAAUCGAGCAAGACGACGAAGACAUACCCGCGGAGCUACAAGCCAAAGUGGACAAAAUCAUGCAAGACCCCAAGCUCGUGGAAAAACUCAUGUACAUCCAAAGCCUCAUUGCAGAAACAAAGGCCCAGCCCAGUGACCUGACCACUGUCGCCCACGAAACAGCGCCAGACCCAUACGACCUCGACGCCAGCCACACGGCCACACUCAAACAACGCAUGGCCAUGGCGCGCCAGGACCCCGAACACAGCGCCGCCCUCGACGCCCUGCGCGUGCACCUCCCACCACCCUUCAACAUCGCACCCGCGCUGAAAUCCUUCAACCAAGCCCUGCAAUUCGCUUACAUGGGCGCAAACGACGACAUCCGCCGUAUCCUGUGGCGCGCGUACCACAAGGCACGCAGCCUCCCCACGUUCCUGCAUAGCCUCAGCGACGACGCCUGGGAUAUCUUGUACUAUUCCCAGGCGGUGACGUGGAGCAGCAAUCAGAAUCGGCAGCAGCAUUUGAGCAUUCUGCUAAGGGAUCUCAGGAGCGUGGGGAGAGACGGCCCGCCGACACAUCCGAGUAGCCUUGUUAAGGGUGGCGCGGAGUAG